AGCCUUUUACAGAUGAUGUCAGUAUGCAUAACGGGGGUUAUUCACAGCAUCUACGUGAAGAUGAUUCACCCUUCCUGAAAAAUCAUAAGCCUUUGCUCAGAUGCACUUCUACUUAGCACUGUGUGAGACAUGUAGGUGUGCGAGGUUCCGAAUGAUGAGUGACAUGUAUUUCUGCAAUGCCACUUGGAGCCUCUUUCACACUGGAAUGGACUGAUAAAGUAGCCCGGAGAUUUGACAAUAGACUGGUGAAAAAGACGAGGGGUGGUGACUUCUGCUUCUAUUUUUUUCACUGGACUCAAGUACAGUGGGACUUAUUUGCAAAGGAAGGAGGGCUUCUUCCCCCUGCACCCUCCUCUUCCUCCUUUUUCUGCCGCUUCUAAUGAAGACAGCACAGCAUCAUCCCACCUUUCUGAUUUAGAUCACAUCACCUUCCAAGACAGAUGGUCUGCCAAAGUGCUGUAGGAUUCCUGCAGAGAACAUCAUAAUGAAGUAGUGAAUUGAUAGUUCUGCCGCUGCCUAAUUGUCAGGAUCACAGUCAAUAAAGCUGGGCUGCCCUUUCCCUGCUUCUUUAAUCGGGUCAGGAACAGCAGGGUGGACAUGGCUGGCCUCGUUAACAACCUGCUAAUAUUGUUCCUUAUUUUUCAAAACAGCUGCUUGGCUUUCAGAAGCCCACUUUCUGUCUUCAAGAGGUAUAAGGACACUGUCAGGACUCAUUCAAAUGAAUGUCUUGGCAGUAACAGGCAACUUGUUCCUAUGGGGUUGUCAGAUUUUGCACUGGAUAUUCGCAUGCCUGGUGUGACUCCUAAGCAGUCUGAUACCUAUCUUUGCAUGUCUCUCCGUUUGCCAGUGGAAGAGGAAGCCUAUGUAGUUGACUUCAGACCUCAGGCUAGCAUGGACACUGUCCACCAUAUGCUACUGUUUGGAUGUAACAACCCAGCGUCAGAUGACGAUUACUGGGACUGUAAUGGAGGAACAUGCAUGGACGCAUCCAAUAUUUUGUAUGCUUGGGCAAGGAAUGCACCACCUACAAAAUUACCAAAAGGUGUUGGCUUCCAAGUUGGAGGAGAAAAGGGCAGCAAAUAUUUUGUGCUCCAAGUUCAUUAUGGGGAUAUUAGUGCAUUCAAAGAUAAACACAAAGACUGUUCUGGUGUAACUUUACAUCUGACUAAUCAAAAGCAGCCUAUGAUUGCUGGCAUGUAUCUUAUGAUGUCCAUGGAUACUGUCAUACCACCAGGAGAAAAAGCAGUUGAUGCUGAUAUUGCUUGCCAUUAUAAAAUGUACCCAAUGCACCUAUUUGCCUACAGAGUACACACCCAUCACUUGGGACAAGUAGUAAGUGGUUAUAGAGUUAGAGAUGAUAAAUGGACACUGAUUGGCAGGCAAAGUCCACAACUGCCACAGGCAUUUUACCCUGUAGAGAAUCCUGUAGAAAUCAAGUAUGGAGAUACUCUGGCAGCAAGAUGUGUUUUCACUGGUGAAGGUAGAUCUACAGAAACAUAUAUAGGAGGCACAGCUAGUGAUGAAAUGUGCAAUUUCUACAUUAUGUAUUACAUGGAAGCCAAACAUGCAGUCUCGUACAUGACCUGCACACAGAACAUAAACCCAGAGAUGUUCAAAAAUAUACCACAAGAGGCAAAUAUUCCAAUUCCAGUCAAGCCUGAUAUGACCAUGAUGGCCCAUGGACAUCAUGAAGAAAGCAGAAAUGGAGAUACAGGUUUAAUAAUGCAGCAGCCUAAAAGAGAAGAGGAGGAGGUUUUAGACCAGGGUGAUUUCUAUUCACUCAUUUCCAAGCUGCUAGGAGAAAGGGAAGAUGUUGUUCAUGUGCACAAAUAUAACCCUACAGAAAAGGCAGAAUCAGAUCUUGUAGCUGAGAUUGCUAAUGUAGUCCAGAAGAAGGAUCUUGGUUGGCCUGAUGUCAGAGAGUUUUCCCGUAACGAUGAAAGGGCCAAUGCCAUUCUUGUCAGAGACAGAAUUCACAAAUUUCACAGAUUAGAGUCCACUCUGAGGCCACCAGAGAACAGGCAUCUUGCUUUGCAACAGCCUAAACAUGGUGAAGGGAACUGGGAAAAAGAACUUACAGGAGAUUUAAAAAUAGAAGAAAUAACUGACUGGCCUGGAGUAAACCUUAAGCUGGGCCAGGUUUCUGGGCUGGCCUUGGAUCCUAACAAUAACCUAGUCGUGUUCCACAGAGGUGAUCACGUCUGGGAUGCAAACUCUUUUGACAAUAAUUAUGUUUAUCAACAAAAGGGACUUGGACCAAUCAAAGAAAGUACAAUUCUUGUACUAGAUCCUAACAAUUCAGCAAUUCUUCAUUCCACAGGAAAAGAUCUAUUUUAUUUACCGCAUGGCUUGAGUAUAGAUAAUAACGGCAACUAUUGGGUGACGGAUGUAGCUCUUCAUCAGGUAUUCAAACUAGGACCACAUGCUGUAGAAUCUCCUUUGCUGACUCUAGGGAAUGCGUUUCAACCUGGAAGUGACAAAAAUCAUUUCUGCCAACCAACAGAUGUAGAAGUGGAUCCAAUUACUGGCAAUAUUUAUGUGUCUGAUGGGUACUGUAAUAGUCGUAUUCUUAAGUUUUCUCCAACUGGAAUGUUCAUCACACAGUGGGGCAAAGAGCCUUCCGUAGGUCAAGCUAAACCGAACCAGUUCAACAUCCCCCACAGUUUAACGCUUGCAUCCGAUUUUGGUCAUCUGUGUGUAGCUGACAGAGAAAAUGGUCGGAUUCAGUGUUUUAAGCCAGAAACUGGACAAUUCGUUAAAGAAAUCAGACAUCCAUCAUUUGGAAGAGAGGUGUUUGCCAUUUCUUAUGCUCCAGGAGGUCUGCUGUUCGCAGUUAAUGGAAAGCCUUACCCUGGAGACAAGGAGCCACUACAAGCAUUUGUGAUGAACUUUUCAACUGGAGCAAUCAUUGACACUUUCAUUCCACUUAGAAAGAGUUUUGAAAUGCCACAUGACAUCAUUGCUUCAGAAGACGGGACAGUGUAUAUUGGUGAUGCUCAUACUAACACAGUAUGGAAAUUUACAUCCACAGAAAAAAUGGAACAUCGCUCUGUUAAGAAGGCUGGUAUUGAGGUACAGGAAAUAAAAGGGCUAAGUCUUCAGAUCAGAAUAUAUUGAUGAGAGGGGAAGAGGAAAAGAAGCUGGUUAAAGAUAGCAAGCAUUCAACAGUAAUGGAAUCAGCAUUUACAUCCUCCUUCAUAUAAGUAGUCUGCUAAGCCUAUACAAGGUCCUACAGGGUCUUUAUUAUGAUCAUUGCUGUCUCAGUCUUCAUGAUCACAUCUCUCAAAACUGUAUUCUACUGCUUUUCUGCCACAAUUAUGUUGAGUAAAAUCAAUACCCUAGUCAAGACUGAAUUUUUUUGGAUACAUAAAAAUGAGACCUCUGAGAAGUCAGCUCUUGCAUUCCAGCUGGUAUGUUUUAUUCAUGUACUUUGAAAAUGUAGGUUUAUUACUUGGAUUGAAAAACAAGUGUAAAGAUAGGAUCUUAUUGGUCAAUGCUCGCCUUCUUUCUUCUCUAUUCCAUGCUGAUAUGGUCCUUCUUGGCUGUUUUGAGGCCUUCCAUGUAUGCUUUCUCCCAUUUAUUUCUGUUUUACAAAAAAACCAACAAAAUCCAGCAUUGCCACACUAGCAUGGCAUGGACAAAUCUCCUGAAAAGAGACACCUUAUGACAUUUCCCAGCUCCUAUUUUAUCCAGCUGUAAGAGCAGAUAACCACCUGCAGCACACAAUGGAAUUACUGUACCAAGAUGACUUCCAAGGUUCUUGGUUACAGUUCAAAUUCAUUUUCAACUCUAGAUUUACUGAGUAGCUUAGAGCUCAUUGGUAAACAUGGAUUUGUUGUGAGGGAAGAUCUAGAGAAACAGCUUUUCCCAUCAGUUGGUAGAGGCUGGCCUAUUCAGCAAUCUUAUCAAAUUGAUUGUGUAUCAUGUCUCUCCAGAUAAAUACAUAACUUCAGAACUCAGUAGCUAGGAUUCUACAUGUUCUUGUAGUUCCACAUGCCUAAUUCCACAUCUUCCCACUGCCUGUCACUUGUCAAUCCCCCAGAGAUUUUAAAAUGAGAGGAAGGCAAUUCACACCACAGAGAAACUGGUCUCAACUUAGUCAAGUGUCAAGGAACAACAUAAACUCAGAUUGCAUGAACUCAGGAACUCGCAGCACUUGGAUAUAUGUGGUCACUUCCCCUCUAUUAAAAAUGAACAACUGCAGUCCCUCUUAGGCCUAACACUGCCUGGUACUGGGAGUUUUUUUUUGACUGAGCACAAGGACAAGAGAAUAACUAUAUGUGUGCCAUCCAAAAAGGGGAUUAACAUGGCUAAAACAUGCACUUACACAAGUCACUAUUCACAUACCUUUGUUUGGCAUGUGCAGAGCAUAGAUAUAUAACAUUUAUGACUACAGCUCAACAUAUACCCUAAUCUAUUUUGCCACUAACCAUCCUGACUAGAAACAAGAUUCUGGUAAUUGUAGACCAAAAACAUCAUUUUUCCAAUUUCUGAUCAAGGGAGUGAGGAUACCUUGUAUCAGAAUCCAGCAAAAAAGAAUUAUAGAAGUGGCCCACCAUAUACUGUAGUGCAAUACAUAUGCAGAAGGAAAAAGACUUGAUUUUUUUUUAUUGUAGCAAACUUUACAGUGUGGGCAUCUUGUUGCUAUUAUAGUUUAUAUUUUAGUAAACUUACAUACAAAAUCGAU